UAACGGCGACACCCACUCUCUAAGAUAGAGCGAUCUAAAGAAUGAUAAAUAGCCAGGACUCGACGAGUCUGGAAACUACACAUCAGCGUCAGAACACCGCUGCAAGAAGUCUACCCGUGUACGGAAGCUGAAAGUUACUCUCAUCAACUUCUCGGUGCUUCUUGAGAAAGCCGUCUUUUUUGGCUGACUUGUUUCAGAUCCCAGAGUCAACAUACCUUCAAGAUGGCAUCCGCCUGGUUGUGUUUUGCUCUUUGUAUCACUGCAGUUAUCGUGACGGUGGCGGCUGCGACAGGAGAAGAGACUAUCUGGCUAACCUCUGACCUCGAAGAUUCCACUACAUUAGCCUACGAUACACAAAGCUACUCAGAUCCAGCCCCAAACUCUAAUUUCCUGAACGAGCUGAACGAGAAGUUGUUAAAACAGGGGGACUCGGUUCUCAAAUCCAUGCAGGCAUAUUUGAUGAAGUUUCAGCAACUGGUUUCAGCCGGUUCCAACCCGCAAGAACCGGUUCCCACCACCGGCGAAGCUGGCAUCAGGCGCACGCUAACUGGUGGUGGUGCUACUACAACACCAGAUGGUGACCCAUCAGAGAAGCGCAGCAGCACCCCACCCAUCAGCAAGGACGACAUUCUCCGAGAGAUCAUCCGGAGGAUACGGGAGGAGGCUGCAGGGUAUCCCCUCGAGCUGCCACUCGGUAUGAGGUUCAUCGAGCAACCACUAGGCACGACUCUCCAGACGUACCACAGUGAUAGCCCGGAGAAGCGAGACGCUGAUCGGGAUGCGGUACGAGAUGAAAUCUUGAGAAGGCUCUUGGAGCUUCAAAGAAGUAGGCUUCCCGGUAUGCGUGCCGGAAAAUAAACAUUGUACUACGGAGACCUGGACAAUGAUACAUGAUCGUAAUAGAAGGAAAUUUGCAUCGGGGAAAAAUCAGAUUUAUUUUUAAAUUUUACUCGUAUUAAAUAUACAACGAUGUGUUUUAUCACUGUAUACUCAGUACUUUCGAGCUCUGUGGCAAAAAUCAUAGGGAUAUAACUCGGGUAUAUGAUUCUAACUAACGACCUUUGCAGUUCAAGACCACGUUGUGUGUAAAUAAGUGUAAUAGACUGUGCAAGUCAUGCGCCUAUACUUAAACACUAUGGGAAAUUAACGUGGGCUGGAAAAUUAGGAUUAAAAAAGGGUACUACCAAAAGUAGUUUGUACAUAGUUUGCCAUGGGGGGGGGGGACACAGAUCUCCUGCCACACCGGCAAAGAACAGAUGGCUCCGGGUAUCGUCUUUAAACGCUGUACACUUAUUUUGUGCACGAAAUGGAAAAAAACAAAAAAUUUCAGCCCCUCCACAAACAACGCAAUCCUGGGACCUGACUCCCCUCUUAGAUAAGUGGAAGAAAAGUCAGUCUAGGAUAUCAAUGACUCAAGCGGGUAGCACUUUGGAGAAGAAACUUAAAUAAAUAACAUGUGCAAUGACUUAUUAUCAGCCCUUACUUGGGGGUUUCAUAGGGUCCCGAUGUUCGAAUACAUUCUCAUGAUAUCUUCGAUCCUCGGGCCCAACAAAACUUCUUACCCGUUAAACUUAAACACUGUCCUCUACCGACGUUCCUGGACCAUUGCUAUACGGGUACACCAUGCAUAACAAAUCUCAGUUGAAGCGGUGUCGGCUUUGGGAACAGCCGAUUACAAUUUUCCAAAAUUUGGUGCACCCGACACUUUCGGUACAGAAAAAAAAAAAAA